CGGCGCGGCGGCGGGGCCCGCGGCGCGGCGGGGUCGGCGACCCGGCUCUCCGCCGGGCGUCUGCGAGCUUUGUGUCGGGAGCGGGGGAGCCCGGGGGGCUGUUCGGAAUGGAAAGUUUCGGGAAGUCUCCGUUUUGGGGUGUUUUUGCAAGAGUUUGAAGUACUCUACCUCUGCGCGUCCGCGCCCCGGCCCCCGGCUCUCUUCCUCCGGAGCUGGAAACAUUGAUUAUUUUUAACUGUCGGAGCGGACGGAGACGCAUGGUUUGUAAUCGAACGUGAGCCACGUUGUGAUUGCCAAGAUGGACAAAAAGUCCUUUGAGACGGUGCUGGAUGAAAUUAGAAAGGCUGUUUUGACAGAGUAUAAAUUAAAAGCAAUUGAAUAUGUACAUGGAUAUUUCUCUAGUGAACAGGUGGUUGAUUUACUGAGAUAUUUCUCCUGGGCUGAGCCUCAGUUGAAGGCAAUGAAAGCUUUACAACAUAAAAUGGUGGCUGUACACCCGGCAGAAGUGGUCAAUAUACUCAAUUGUUUCACCUUCAGUAAAGACAAACUAGUUGCUCUUGAACUAUUAGCCUCAAAUAUUGUUGAUGCUCAGAAUUCUCGUCCCAUUGAAGAUUUAUUCAGGAUAAAUAUGUCUGAGAAGAAACGGUGUAAGAGAGUACUUGAACAGGCUUUCAAGGGGGGCUGCAAAGCUCCUCAUGCAAUGAUAUCUUCUUGUGGGACAAUCCCGGGAAAUCCAUAUCCCAAAGGAAAACCAAGUCGCAUCAAUGGAAUUUUUCCAGGAACCCCUUUGAAAAAAGAUGGUGAAGAAUGUACCAAUGAAGGCAAAGGAAUUGCUGCACGAAUUCUUGGGCCAUCAAAACCACCUCCUUCAACGUACAAUCCACACAAACCUGUUCCUUAUCCAAUACCUCCAUGUCGGCCACAUGCAACUAUUGCACCAAGUGCUUAUAACAACGCGGGUUUGGUACCUUUAGCCAAUGUCAUAGCUCCUGGUGUACCCCCUCCACCUCCAUAUACUCCUAAUCCGAUAGGAACAGAAAAUGAAGAUGUUUCUAAUCAGUCAAAACCUCCACAGAAUCAAGCGUUUCCUGCCCCCGCGAGUCAGCUGUUUCCUCCCCACGGCUCGAGCCCCGCGACGCCCGCCGCCGCGCCAGUCCCCGCGGCAUCCCCGGUCAAGGCAGCGGCGCCGGGCGCAGUGCUGCCUGUGUUCGCGGGCCAGGUGACCGCUGGCCAGGUGACCGCCGGCCAGGUGUCCGCGGGCGCCCCCGGCCCGCAGCCGCCCGCGCCCAGCCCCACAGUCAUCAGGGCCCCGGCGCUGCCCGCUGCGCCCGCGACCCCCGCGCACAGCACGGCCGCGCCCGGCCCCUCGGCGCUUGUCGGCCUCGGGCCCCCGCCAGGGCCACCAGCCGCCCCUUCCCCGGCCCCGCCGGCCGCCUCCACGCCGCGCGCCGCCCCAGCUGCCCACGAGCCCUUCGCGUCCACUCCGGCCCCGUUCGCGAAUCUCCCCUUCCCGGCUACGUCCAGCGCCGCGCCCACCGCCCCCAGCUCGGCCUCGCUGUCGGCCGUGUUCGCAGGGCUCCCAGUGGCUCUGGCCCCCACGACCCAGGCGCCGCCCGCCCCGGCCCCGGCCCCGGCCCCAGUGGGGAUGGCCAGCGCGCCGGGCCCGAGCGGCGCCGCCCUGGGCGUGGGCAGCCCCCUCCUGUCGGCCCUGAAGGGCUUCCUGGCGUCCAGCGACGGCCUGGCGGGCUCGUCCGCGCUGUCCUCAGCCCCCAGCGGCCUGGCCCCGCUCGCCUCCCUGCAGGCCCCCAGCGCCGACCCCGCCGCGCCCGCGCCCAAGUGCUAUGCGCCCGCCGGGUCCGCGCCACCGCGCUCAGCCACACCCGGCCUGGCGGUGUUCCCCGGCCUGCCCGCGCCCGCCCCCUCUGGCGCCCCCAGCGCCCCCUCGGCCGCGCCCGCGUCUGCCCAGGCGCCCCUCCCGCCCACCCCUGCUGCCUCCUCCGCACUGCCCGCCAGCGGCCCCGCCGCCCCCCUGCUGCACAGCACCCACCCGGGCAGCACCGAGCUGCACCUAGCCUCCACCCCUGCCCCCGCCACCACCCUGCCCGUCAUGGUCAAGACCGAGCCCACCAGCCCCACCCCGUCCGCCUUCAAGGGCCCCGCCGCCCCCACGCAUGGCGCCCUGGGGUUGUCGGGGCCGCUGGGCCGCGCGUACACGUCUGCGUCCGUGCCCAUCAGCCUGGCGACCUGCCUUAACCCCGCCUUGGCAGGGUUGUCCACCCUGAGCGCGCCCCUCAACGUCUCGAACCCCCUGUCCUCCGCGCCCAUAGCGCCCGUCUUUCCUGCGCUGCCGCCCUUCACCUCCCUGACCAGCACCUUCCCGCUUGGCGGGACCCCCGCCCUCAACCCUCCUGCAACCCUCCCAGGGCCGGGCCCGCUCCUGGCCACCUCGGCCAGCGCCGUUGCCUCGGCCCUGCCGCCCGCUUCCACCGCCGCGCCCGUGUCGGCGCCCUUCCCACUCGGGCUGUCCACGGCCGUGCCCUCGCUCUUCUCCGUGGCCCAGGGGCCUCUGCAGGCCUCCACGCCCUCCUACCCCGGCUUCUCCGUCGCCAACGCCCCCAGUGCCACCCCGACCCUCCCCUCGUUCCCCGGCCUGCAGGCACCAGCCACGGUGGCCGCGGUGACCGCGCUCCCCGUAGCAGCCACCGCCCCGUCACCAGCUCCCGUCCUGCCGGGGUUCGCUUCUGCGUUCAGCUCCAAUUUCAACUCUGCUCUCGUCGCACAAGCCGGCUUAUCAUCUGGACUUCAAGCUGCAGGCAGUUCUGUUUUUCCAGGCCUUCUGUCCCUCCCAGGGAUUCCUGGCUUUUCCCAGAAUCCUUCGCAGUCAUCCUUGCAAGAAUUACAGCAUAAUGCAGCAGCCCAGUCAGCUUUGUUACAGCAGGUCCACUCGGCUUCAGUUCUGGAAAGCUACCCAGCUCAGCCUGAUGGGUUUCCUAGUUACCCGUCAACACCUGGAACAGCGUUUUCUUUGCAACCUGGCCUGUCCCAGAGUGGGUGGCAGUGAAUCUGUUUUAACUUUGUAUUCUGCUCUAUAAGAACAUCAGAAUUGCCCAAGGACUGCAGUGAAGGACAAUCUGACAGAUGUGGAGUUGGCCACAAGUUUAAAAAAGAAGAAAAAGAAGAGACUGCAGAUAACCCUAGGGAAUUGAAAUGAUGGUUUUAAAAUCACAUUUUUAAUAAUGGUUUUAAAUAUGAACACUCCCCAGUGUAAAUAAGCUGACAAUAAAUUGUGCGGAGAAUAGUUUUAAGGUGUUUGGGAACUUUUCACCUCCCAUCCUAUCAAAGUUUGAGAUGUGUAUGUGAUCUAUGUAAGAACAUGAAAGAGGAGAUUGAACUCUUUAUAACCGAAUACAGCCUUAAAUCUGCUUGUAUAGCAUCCACUGACAGAGUAAUAGUUGUGCCUCAGACUUAAGGGUUGCAUGUGGCCCUGAGGGAGUCAUUACCCUUGGUAUGCAUGAAUGGUUCCUUCAGGCAUCACUGGAACACAUUACUCCAUAUGUAUCCACAGAAGGAUCUCGGGAACCCAGUUAUUUUACUAAUCCUGACAUAUAAAUAUAUAUAUGUGUGUGUAUACAUAUAUAUACACACACACGCACACACACAUAUAUAUAUAUAUAUACUGCUGAAGUUAACUCAGUGUAUUUCAGGUAAGUGAAAAUGGUGCUUAAUAUAGUCUUUAGAAUGACUUUCAGGUGAUUUCAACUAAAAAUAUAUGUGUGUGUGUAUAUAUAUGUAUAGAUAUAUAUACACAUACAUAUAUAUAUAUGUAUAUAUAUCCAGAACUGCUUUACUACAGAAAUGCAAAUAAGGUUUCUGAUCAUUUGCCUUCAAGACGUAUUAAUCUCAGCAGUAUCCAAAUGGGGGAACAUGUGACUGACUGACCCUUGGGCCAUCUCUAUUACUCCGAGUUCUCUGGAAGCUCUUGGUGAAUGUUUACAAUCACGGGACGUAGAAUUUCUGCUCACACGAAAGUGGAAGCUUAUCUAAGAUAAUUAUGUGACAACAGAUAGAGAAGACUUGCUCUGUUAGUAACCCUGCAGUGUAUACUCUAAGGAUCUGUGGUAGUAUAACCUGAUUGAAUGUCAUUAAUUUAAGAGUAAUAACUGCCACAUGUGGGAUGGUGGGGGAGUGGGAAGAAUAACUCCCAAUCCUGUGAUGGAGAGUGUAAACUAUAGAAUCUACUGUAGUCCAUUUCAGCACCUAGAAAUUUUACUUUUAUAAAGAUGGCGUCUGAAAGAUGUUGCUAAUGUAUUUUCCUUCAACUGUGGGGAACAAACUUUUUAAGUAUAUUAAUAAAUAUUCCUGUAUGGUUAGUUUUUAACAAUUUUUUAAAAUAAACUUUAUGGAUAUGACAAAUA